CCAAAGAAGUGUUGUUCCAAGGUGGUUGAAACUGACGUUGAUGUGCUCAUUGAUAUCAUCGAAGCCACAGUGUUAAAACCAGAGUGUUGCUCCUUUGUACUCUCCAUCAUCCCUCUUGCAUAGCAUUGCACUGUUUCCCUUUUCUCUUCUCUCAUCGUCAUUCACACACCCUCUUCUCUUCGAUCUCAUCGCCCUCACAAACCCUUAUAUUUACACCGGCCCACUUUCCUAUUUGCACCAUUUCGUUCAGAUCAUAGCGCCGUUUGAGAUCAGAAACCGGAAAAAAUAGGUUUUUGAUUCGUGGGGUUGGUUCCAAAUGGCGUCAUUCACGAUCCCUUGCCCCAAGUGCGUUGUUGUUCCUUUUGCUCAUUUGGGACUGAACUCUCAGACCCAGCAACGGAACGCGCUGGGGUUGAAGAAAUCGCUCUCAUUUGGAUCUUUGAGUAGUGAUUCGGCGCCAAAUGGGAUUCAGUGCCUUAACAAGAAGCAAUCUUCUGUCUGGAAGCUUCAAGCACAACCAAAAGAGGCUGUUACUGUUGAAAAUUCUGCACCUGUACAGGUCAAUGGACCUAAAAUUGCUCCACCAGAAGAGAAGGAUGACCAUAAUGGAAAACCCUCUGGUCCAAGCACUUCUGCUGAUGCAUCUUCAAUUUCUGCAUUUAUGAACCAAGUUUCAGAUCUUGUUAAACUUGUGGACUCUAAAGAUAUUAUGGAGCUGCAACUCAAGCAAGCAAACUGUGAACUCGUGAUAAGAAAGAAGGAAGCUUUGCUGCCUCCACCAGCUACAUUUGUAGCUCCAGUGUCACAACCAUUUCCAUAUCCCACAAAUUCUCUUCCAGCAGCACCACCUCCAGUUGCUACUUCCACUCCUGCAAGUUCUCCAUCUUCAAAAGCAGCUCCUGCCUUACCUCCUGCAAAAGCAAGCAAAUCAUCUCAUCCGGCACUGAAAUGUCCAAUGGCAGGAACCUUUUAUCGAAGUCCAGCACCUGGCGAACCUCCAUUUGUCAAGGUGGGAGAUAAAGUGCAGAAGGGGCAGGUCAUUUGCAUUAUUGAGGCUAUGAAACUAAUGAAUGAAAUUGAAGCUGAUCAAUCUGGAACAGUAGCUGAGGUUGUAGCAGAGGAUGGGAAACCAGUCAGUGUAGACACGCCUCUUUUUGUAAUUGUACCAUGAAGUAUGAGAAAGACCUUACUUUGGCUUUGAUGGAAAUCUCCCUUGUUGGAUAACAUGCUACAAGAUUAGUACAAAGGCACAAGUUUUUCAUUAUUUGAAUUUCUUAUGAGACAAUGUUUGUCCCAUUUUAGGAAGUCUUUUUUUCUUUUUAAAGACUUAUAAGACAUAAAAGCAUAGCAUAUCAGAAGGAAUAUUGGUAUUUGUAGUUCUAAACAGUUUUGGGAUUAGUAGUGUAAAAGUUUUAUGCAUUUGGUUUCUCAAGGAUGAACCCGCUGGUUGGUUUUACAAGAAUUUGUUAUGACAGGUUUAUAUGCGGUGAAGGAUGGAUUAUAAUUAAAAUAAAAUUUAAUUACUCA